UCCGAGAAAUUAGGGUUUUUUUUUUUUUCUUCAUGCUAUAGAGAAGGCUUAUUUUCCACUUUCAAGAAUUUAGCUUCAGUGCCAAAAGGCCCCCUUCAUUUUUUAUUUUUUUUCUGCUCAACAUCAUCGCCCGCCUGUAGGUAAGUCAUGGUUAAGCACAACAACGUUAUCCCAAAUGGGCACUUCAGGAAGCACUGGCAGAACUAUGUUAAGACAUGGUUCAACCAGCCUGCUCGCAAGACCAGGAGAAGAAUCGCUAGGCAGAAGAAAGCUGUGAAGAUUUUCCCCCAGCCUACUGCUGGACCCCUUCGUCCCAUUGUCCAUGGGCAGACUCUGAAGUACAACAUGAAAGUCAGAGCCGGUAGGGGAUUUUCACUGGAGGAGCUCAAGGCUGCAGGCAUCCCAAAGAAAUUUGCCCCAACUAUUGGCAUUGCAGUUGAUCAUCGCCGUAGGAACUCUUCCCUAGAGGGUUUUCAGACUAAUGUUAAUAGACUAAAGACUUACAAGGCCAAAUUAGUCGUUUUCCCAAGACGUGCUUGUAAAUCCAAGGCUGGUGAUUCGACUCCAGAGGAGUUGGCAACAGCUACUCAAAUCCUAGGUUCUUACAUGCCAAUUGUACGUGAGAAGCCAACUGUGGAGCUUGUUAAGGUCACAGAAGAGAUGAAGUCGUUCAGGGCAUAUGACAAGCUGCGUUUGGAACGAACUAACAAGCGCCAUUUUGGAGUAAGAGCCAAGAGGGCUGCUGAGGCUGAAAAGGAGGAGAAGAAAUAGUGGAUUUUAGAAACUGCGAUCUUGGAAUCGGUUUUGUUUUUGGGUUCAGAAUUGAAUUACUGGAUUUUGUUUGUUCCAUUGGUUCUAGUCGAACCUUUAAUAUUGUCCACACAUAAUUUGUUGCAUUUGCCUUUUCCCAAGUAUAGGAUUUUAAUCGCAUACAUUUUUCGUGUCA